AUGUCUCAAGCUUCCAUAACCCCAGAGAGCCCAAGAGAAGAGAGCCCGCAAGAAGAGUCUCCACAAGAAGAGUCUCCACAAGAACAAUCUGCACAAGAACAGUCUCCCACAAGAAACAAAGCACUCAGCAUGUCAUCCGAAAUGCCAGCCACCUCAUCGAAAGCAGCGAUGGCACCAAAGCACCCAAGCCAGCAACCAAACUUACCAGGAUCCUGCGCUCUCCGUCUUCAAAACCUCGAGCAACAAACCUCCACCACAAAAGGCGAGCUGAUGGUAUCAGUGGCAGCAGACAUCUGCGCAACGUUCAUAAGCAUCGCCAAGUACUCCGAAGAAGGCACACUCAAAGCACAGCACACUGGAGUGAUCGACAAUGUGAUCCAGACAAUCCGCGGCACAGAUGUGAAGCAGCGAUACUUGCUCGAUCGACAAGUUCGUCGACUGCGCAAAGAGAGGAACUGGAUCCGGAAUAAAUAUUUGCACCUGGCUGAUCAGGCCGAUGCAAUGGGUUGCGCACAUCGGACGAAGAUGCAGAACUUAAGCACCUCGCUGCGAAAGGCACGACGGGAAGUGGCACGCCUACAAAGUGAGCGGGAUAUGCUGCGAGCUUGCUUGAAGAAGAAAGUAACUAAGGCUGUUUCGAAUGGCAAUGUCGAUGUCGAUGUCGAUGCCGAGGGGGAUGAUAUCGAUGGAGAAUAUGAGAUUAUUGAGAGUGGAGAUGAAAGCUUGGAAGUAUGA